AUGCCGAAGGACUACCUGACGAGCCUUCCCGCCGAACUGUUCGACUACAUCUGCCAGCUCGUGCACGCAUACGAUCCGAAAACUCGCUCUUCCAGCGACCAAUACCUCGGCUCCAUCUCCAAGGCCUUCCUCCCGUUUGCUCGACAGCGAGUCUUUCCGCGUCUCUACAUCCGAGAUGAGCGCAAGGCCGAGAAGGCUGUGAUUGUCCUUGCCGCAAGCCCCGAAGCUGCCGCAUGCGUCGCGAGCUUGACGCUGUCUUUGACCGAGGACGCCCUGUCGACGCAGAAGAUCAAGGCGAGCGUGCUCAACCAAGCGAUCUCGAACCUCACUCGCGUGAAGAAACUCUCAGUCACCGGCGCAGGACGCUUCGCAAAGGCGCUCCUGUCACCUCGCAAGGCCGGUCUCUUGCCGUCUCUCGAGGAUCUCACCAUCAGCGGCCGAUUCGAAGGAUGGGCAGACCCCCUCGCACCCUCCUUCUACCGCAACCUUGGUCGCUACUCUCGCCUUGCCAAGCUGAGCCUCGACAUCCAGUCAAAGCCGGAAGGCCGUUCGCAGCGGGCGAAGGCAGUGGAGCGCAUCGCGAUGCCGUGGUCCUUCUGGCUCCUGAUGUUGUCCGGUCAAGGAAUUGACAACCCGACAGCGAGCGCCCUAGCCGCCAGCCUCGGCUCGACGGCGCUGUCGCUGCACGGUCCCAUCGGAACGAUCACGACAAUGUCAGACCGCCUUCGUGACCUGCCCAGGAGCGUUAUUCAACUAGUGCUUGCUCAGCCCAUAUCUAUGAAGGAGGACAUCAGCGCGACGCUCAAGACUUGCCCUUGGGUGAUCGCACUGAGUCUUGAGGCCGGCUUCGACUGCUCGGCAAUCCUCCGGUCCCUCAGUCGCUCGUUGCCUCGUCUCGCCCAGCUUGAUCUCCAGCCUAACCGUACCUUUACAACCGAGGACAUCCUCGCAGUUCUCGAAGGCCCAGCCAAGAUCAGCAGUCUCCAGUUGCUCGGCGUGCACGAACCUGACUGGGGCGACUACGAGUUGUGGCCCGAACCGGACGAGCUCAUCCCCGUUAUUGAGGUCGCGGAGCGCGAGAACGUCAAGCUUAGGGGCGAGUGGGCAGAACUUGCGAUCAAGCGGAAGAAGGCGCACGACGCCCGUCUCGAAGCUGAGCGCGAGAAGGAGCAGGAGAAGCGGCGCGAGAUCUCGAGGGCGGCGGCCGCAUCGGCGGCAGAGUGGUGA